AUGCUGUACCUGGUCGGGCUGGGCCUGGGAGACGCCAAGGACAUCACGGUGAAGGGUCUGGAAGCAGUGAGGCGGUGCCGCAGGGUGUACCUGGAGGCCUACACGUCCCUCCUCACGGUGGGCAAGGAAGCGCUGGAAGAGUUUUAUGGGAAAGAAUUGAUUUUGGCUGACCGAGAAACAGUGGAACAAGAAGCAGAUAGCAUUUUAAAAGAAGCUGAUGUUUAUGAUGUCGCAUUUCUUGUAGUUGGUGAUCCUUUUGGGGCCACAACGCACAGUGAUUUAGUGCUACGUGCAGUGAAACUGAGGAUUCCAUACAAGGUCAUUCAUAAUGCUUCAAUAAUAAACGCCGUGGGCUGCUGUGGUUUACAGUUGUACAACUUUGGAGAGACAGUUUCUAUAGUUUUCUGGACAGAUACAUGGAAGCCAGAGAGCUUUUUUGACAAGCUGGAGAGGAACAGGCGCAAUGGAACGCACACACUGUGCUUACUUGAUAUUAAAGUGAAGGAGCAGUCUCUGGAGAAUCUGAUGAAAGGAAGAAAGAUUUAUGAGCCACCACGCUACAUGAGUGUGAACCAAGCUGCAGAACAGCUUCUUGCCAUUAUUCAAAACAGGAAGCUCCAAGGAGAACAACCAGAGAUUACCGAAGACACCAUUUGUGUUGGCCUCGCACGCGUGGGUGCUCCCGAUCAGCAGAUUGCUUCAGGCACACUCUGUCAGAUGUCCACAGUGGAAUUAGGUGGUCCACUGCAUUCCUUGAUUGUUACAGGCACUAUGCAUCCUCUGGAAUUAGAAAUGCUUAAGCUUUUUUCUAUAGAUAGUUCUAGUUUUGAAAAUAAUGCAUUGCAAAGCACCGAAAAAUAA